ACCAUCUGAAAAAUUUAGUCUUUCUGCCUCAAGUGCGACCAUUCCAGCACAACCACUCACUUACCUCCGUUGUAAAUCAAUCUUGGUUGUACGUACACAACAACGCAGCGAAUGUUUACUGAGAGCUAGUGAGGUAGUGUUGACGACUGUUUCACAAAAGUCCAUCUAACAAUGAACGACGGUGGGGCAUCAGCGGGAGGUUCAUCGUCUUCUGGGGCUGGAGGCUCGGGUUCAAAGGCCCAGCCGCAGCAAACAUUUUCCAGCAAAGUAGCCGCAGAUGGUCGAUCUGCCCAACCUUCCUUGCACCUUAGUAGCGAUGAGGUUAAUUAUCUCAUAUAUCGGUAUGUAURAAUGAAAAACAAAGCGAAAGCAUCAGAAAUGCCUCCUGAAAGCGAACGAGUUGGAUAGAAAAGAGUUAUGAAAACUAAGGUCGAAAUGCAAUAGUCUUGUUGUAAAUUUGGURUUGAGAAGGAUUGUGCAUUGCGAUGCACCUUUUUCACAGACAUGAUGUUCACCGUGUUGAUUACACUCUUCCUACGUUGGAUGUUUAUGCGUGAAAUCUUACUUGGGAUGUCUUGCCGUUUUUAAUGGCUUGUGUAUUGUUUUGUUCAUUGAAAUUCGUUAUGUCACUUGUUCCUCCUAACCUCUCACCAUGCAUUCCUAUCGUGUCACGCACUGUAGAUAUAUGCAAGAGUCCGGCUUUGUUCAUUCGUCCUUCACGUUCGUGUACGAGUCGAUGCUGGGGCGAUCCAACAUGAAAAAUGCGGAACGGUCAAUACCUCCAGGAGCACUUGUGUCYUUUCUCCAGAAGGGACUACAGUACGUUGGGAUCGAAGAAACCUUGCAUAGAGAACAUCAACAACGGGGGAAUGUGAAUUCUACGAGUAGCAACAAAAAGAGCAAGAGUGGCAACACUAGUAGUAGCAACAACAGCGGCAGUGCAUCCUUAGGUGGAGGUGCGUCAUCCACUGAUGCGACGAUCAUGAACCUAUCCUUGUUGUCACCAACAACAAUAAAUGCCAUGACGCGAGAGACUGCCCCAUUGCACCUGAACGUUCCUCCAGCCACGGCUGCGGCUGCUGUGAGGGCACGAGUAGAAGCAGAGAACAAAAUUGCCGAAGAUCGCAAGCAGGCAGCUAUCAUGGAGGCAAAAGCGAAGUCGGAAGCACAAUCGAAUGGAAAGUCUUCCAAUCGAUGGACGGGACCACAGAGUAUUCCUCCCCAAGCCAGUGUGACGCUCACGAAUCCCCUCUCCGCCGUGACCAACUCGGCACACUCUGCAAUGGAUGCACAGGCAGCCAAGGCUGCAGCACUGUCAGGCUAUGAUAUUGCUGAAAUCAACGAGUUACAGCAGCAACAGCAACAGCGCCAUGGUCUUCUUGUUCCACAAAACAAUCCGUUGCCACAACAUCAACAACAGCAACAGGAAGCGCAAUCGCAACAACGGCAGCAGCAACAGGAAUCAGCAGCAAAAUCCUCGGUCAAUGCCGCUGCUCUAAUGGCACGCGACAUCCAACAACGCGAACAUAUGGUACAGUUGCAGCUUCGGCUCCAGCUUCAACAAGAGCAAGAAAAGCACUAUCAGAAGCUGCGCCAAGAUAGCUUAAAGGCGGCCGCGCAAGCUAAAGCUCGUGGCAUUCCGGUGGAGACGAUGCCAGGCAUAAAUACGGCACAGGCGGCAGUGGCACUAGCAUCCGUUGCGGAACAAAUGGGGAAUAACAUGAACAACAGCAGCAGUAACAACAACAGUAAUAGUAGCAGUAACAACAAUGCUGCCACGAGUAAUGGUUCGAAUAGCAGCAGCAGUGCCAGCAACAAAAGGUCAUCAAGUGCAAAGAAAGGACCGAAGAACAAGGGGAAAUCACCAAAGCAGCAAAAGACAUCACAGCAGCAACAGCAACCACAAGUAACGACAAAAGGUGAAUCUAAUUUGAAUCUUCCUACUCCGUCCCCAGCAGCACMGCAAAAUAAUGGUCUGGCAUCCCUAGAAGCUGCAGCUCAGUUGGAGGCAAAGAGAGGCAUGACCGAGAGUGCAGCAGGAGCAAAGCAUCUACAACAGGUCCAAUAUCAACAGCAGCAGCAAGAGCAGCAACAGCAACAGCAACAAGAUGUAGUAAUGACCGAUUCAGGGCAACCUAGUGGUGCGGUUGUAGCAGGUGACGAUAAUGAUCAUCGUCAACAYCACCGCCACCUUCAGCACCCCAACCUUCGACCAAAUACACCAACCUACAAUAUUCUCGAUCAAAUGCAGCAACUUCCGGCAUCCGAGUUAUCUUCACACCAAGCAGCAGCAGUAUCCCUUCAAAAGUUGAUAUCGAUGAAUGGAAAUCAUGUGCAAGGAGAAAUACAGAACUUCAACGGGACUMUAGAGCCGCAACAGCCGUUGCAGCARACAACGGCGUCUCCGAACGUAGCGCUAUCUGCUCCAAAACUUCAGGCAGUACUCUCUGCUGCAACAACGGGUCCGAAUCAACCACAUCAACCUGUUGUUGCGACGCARGUUGCACCCAAGGAAGCUGCCAAGGCCCAGGAUGCUCUGAUCGAUAAAGAAGACGAACGCACAAAUGCAAAACCAUCCGAGGUGCUUGAAUUGAAAAUGCAUCAGUCGGAGGUCUUUAUGUGUGCGUGGAAUUCUGUUUUCACCGAUACGAUUGCUACUGGUAGUGGAGACGCCUCGGCUAGGAUAUGGAAAAUGGGCGGUCCUAAAGCAGGUAAUGGUUUAGGGGUUGUCAAACUGCUUCCGCACGGUACCGGACCAAAGGACAAGAAGAACAAGGAUGUUACAACCCUAGAAUGGUCAUCGGACGGCAGACUUUUAGCAACGGGAAGUUAUGAUGGUGUUGCUAGGGUUUGGAGUUUGGAAGGUAAUUUGGUGCAUACUUUGCGGGGUCACAAGGGUCCAAUAUUUUCACUGAAGUGGAACAAGACAGGAAACUAUCUUUUGUCCGGAAGCUAUGAUAAGACGACAAUUGUUUGGGAUGUAUCGACAUCCGAAGGUUUCAUUAAGCAACAAUUUCAGGAUCACCAAGCUCCGGCUCUGGACGUAGAUUGGAAGGACGAUGACACAUUUGCUUCGUGUUCUACAGACAAGACGGUGCACAUAUGUCGGGUAGGAGAAGAUGUACCACUCAAAACAUACACCGGUCAUACAGACGAAGUAAACGCAGUAAAAUGGGAUCCUUCUGGCUGCCUACUUGCUAGUUGCUCAGAUGAUUGUACUGCAAAAGUUUGGGAUGUGAGGAACGAUAGAAAAGACCCCAUGUACGAUUUCAAGGAUCACCAACAAGAAAUCUACACUGUCAAAUGGUAAGUGAAUAUCAUUCAUAGGUUGACUCRUUAAUUUUAGUUCUGCUCGAGUCAUUUGCACUCAUGCAUGUUUUUUCUUGUCGUUCCUUUUAAUGCAGGGCUCCAACUGGACCCGGUUCAAUGAAUCCGAAGAAGAAACCGUUACUAGCUACCGCUUCAUUUGAUGGGUCUGUUCGUUUGUGGAAUGUCCAGGACGGUAGUUGCAUACAAGUAUUUUCGCGGCAUCGAGAUUCUGUGUAUUCUGUUGCCUUUUCACCAUCCGGAAAUUAUCUGGCGAGCGGAUCCCUUGCAGGGCAAUUGUACGUGUGGAACGUAACGGAGGGACGGCACAUCAAGAGCUUCAAGGGUAAGGGAGAUAUCUUUGAAGUCGCCUGGAACAAGGAAGAAACACGGGUAGCUGCAUGCUUCUCUUCAAAUGUGGUAUGUAUUCUUGAUUUUCCAUAGUACAGCAGUUCUGUUAAACUUGAAAAGAACAUAUUCGUUAUUUUUUAUUSGUACUGUAAAGGUACAGCUCGUGGCUUGCUCGAAUUGCGCAUGAUUUGUGUGCAGAAUGAGAGAUUCGUGUAGUAGGUACGAUGUUGCGCUUUCAUGUCGUAUCUUCCAAUCGAGAUGAAUAUGAGACUUGAGGAAUACUUCACAAUUGUCGCUUCAUUAGUUCUAUCAAUGCAUGCUGUGAGGAAGAUCUAUKGAAGAUGUGACUGUCAGGGAGAAUGUGAACAUUCACCCCUCGAAUACGAUUCCAACGGUCCUGAUUUGGACAAAACACGUCAUCAAAUUCUCCGUGGACGACUAUUACCUUUGGGGUGCUGUUCAUUGAUAGCGACAACGAGGCACGUUCUUUGAUCCUCGUGGCUGCAUCUCUCUGAAACGCUACCUUUGCCACCAAAGACGUAGUCGGUGCAAUCAAUAGCGCAGAAGGUUGAUCUUGCCCCCCUAGCAUUCCCCUGGCAAUCAUUUCCGCUACUACAGCUCCUCCCCAACUGAAACCGAUCAAAAGUAAAUUGUUGUGAUCAAUGGCCUUGUCGAUGAUUUCUCGAUAGAUAAUUUGAAUCGACGUCUCGAUCGAUGUUCUCACAACAACUCCCGCCAACAUAGGACAACACGCCAAGGCCAGAACUACAAGUAGCAAUCGUCCAAAAAUAGAGACUUUUGAAGUUA